AUGGGUUGCACAAGAGAAGUUAUAAAUACAACAUCUUCUAAUGCAAUUGCAAAUACCUCAGAACGACAUAGAAAGCUAAAACAAAUAUUCCCUGGAGCAACAGGUGCGCUAGAUGGAACUCUUGUACAUGCAGUCGUGCCUGUUGAUCAACAGACUCGUUACAGGGGAAGAGGAAAGGGUGAUUGCUUUCAGAGUGUCUUAGCAAUUUAUAAUUUUGAUAUGAUAUUCACAUUUGUAUGGGCCGGAUGGGAGGGGAUUGCACAUGAUUCACGAGUUUUAAAAGAAGUUGCAUUUAACCCGACUUCUGGGUUUUCCUUCCCCCCACUAGAUAAAUAUUAUCUUUGUGACGUUGCAUACACCAACACUCGUGGAUUUAUGACUCCCUACCGUAAUACGAGAUAUUGGUUAGCCGAUUUUCGACGACAACGUGCGUUAACUAAGAAAGAAAAACUCAAUCAUGCCCAUGUACAACUCAGAAAUGUUAUUGAGCACUCAUAUGGUGUUUUGAAAGCGAGAUUUCCAAUCCUAAAGCAAAUGACUCCCUUUUCUUUUCCAAUCCAAAGGGGCAUAGUGAUCGCUUGUUUCGCCAUCCAUAAUUUUAUAAGGAAAUGCAAUAUUCGUGAUCAAUUAUUUAUGGAGUAUGGCGAGAACAUUGUGUUUUCUGAAAUACAAGGUGGAGAAAAUGUUGGCCAGUUCGUUCACGACAUAGAAUGGGGUUCACAAGACAUCGAGUAUAUGACUACUUUGCGUAACCAGAUAGCUAGUCAACUAAUUUGA